AUGUCGGUAAAUUCUCCCAUCCCACAAAUGAUAAAUAUAUCAAAUACAUUAUCUGCUAACACCAUUCAACAGAUAAGAUCAGAUCUGUCAAAAUGGCAGACAAUAAUACAUCAUCAAAGAGUUGCCAGUUCUGACUCCAAAUCAACCCCCCUCCUGUUGACAAUAAAUGAUUAUGAAAGAAUUUUAAGUCAUUUAAACUCCUUGAUUUAUGCAAAGAGACAAUUCAUCUUAGAUAAUCUCUUAAUUAAUGAUCCGCAAGAUUCUAAUUAUAAAUCGGUUACUGAUGCUGAUAGAAACCUAUAUAACGGUUUAUUAAACAUGUAUAAAGAUUAUAUUAUUGAAUUGGAGCAACUGAAAGUUACCUUUAACUAUCAAAAUAAUAUACAGCAACAAUCUAUUGAACCUGUCCAACAGCAGCAACAGCAACAGCAACAGCAACAAGAGGUUAAACCAAGUGAAAGAAUUAUUGACCAUAUUAAUAAAGUUUUACCUACUGAACUAGCAAAGGUCAGAAAGGAGUUUAUAGAUAAAUUGAUUAAAGAUAAUGAAUUAAGAGAGUCUUUAAAACCAACCCAAGAUUCUAAUCCAAAUGAGGACCUUUUAUUAUCCGGAAUAAUCAAACUAUGUAAUCUAGAUAUCAAUAAUAAAGAUAAUAUUAUCACAUAUUUGAAGUUUUUGAAGCUUUUAGGUUAUUCAAAAGAUCUAUUAAGAGAAAGACUACCGUCUGCGUUGACUAAACCUAAACUUAAACAGAAGAUAAAGCAGCCACAAGUGUCGACAAGUGUGACUAAAUCAAUCAAAAAUCCAUCUGCUCCUUCUUCUUCUUCUUCCUCUACUCCAGCAACAGUAAAAACCAAGCAGACAAAGAAGAAAAUUUCUAAACCAGAUAUAUAUAUUGCUGACUCAACUAAUAAGAAUACCGUUGUUAAUAUUACUAAUAAUAAUAGUGAUAGUAAUAAUAAUGAUAUUAAUGAUAAUCAGACAGUUUCUGAUUCUAAUAAAAUAACUAGAGAUAAUGAAAUUAACGAUUAUGAUUCUACUACCGCUGAGAAAAUAACCACUGGUACUGAUAUUGGUAUAAAUAAAAAGAAAAUAUCAUUUUCCAAAUAUUUACAAAAGGAUGAAAAUGAUAAGGAACAACAACAUACAUCAUUAAAAAGAUCUAUUAGUGGUGAUAAUAAUGUGAUACAAGAAGACCAUUUCACCAUUAAGAAAAGAAAAAUUACAAUUCCAUCUAAUGAUAUCAUUACCUCAUCUAAUACCAUUGAAGCUAAACCACCCACCUUAAAAUCUAACUCAUCAAUAAAAUUGACGUCAAUCUUGAAAUCUUCAUCAACAGAUAAUAAUGAUACUCCUGAAAGAAGGCUGAAAAAUAAAAACAGUAAGCUUAGAUUCAUGGAUGAUAAAGAUCUUGUGAGAGUCUAUGGUGAUGAUUUACCACAAGAAGGUUUAAAAGUUACACCAAAUGAUUUAAAGAAAAUUUUAAGGCCCUUCAUUGAAGGUGAACCAAGUGAAAAAUUGUAUCUUGACACUGUUAACACGUCUUUGUCUUCCAUGGGUCAAUCUAUCCAGGUGGUUCCAUUAAAUUUAAACAACAUUAAAUCCGGUAUCGAGAAUAAUGAUAUAGUGGAGACUAGAGGUGGUCCAAUUAAAUGUGAUACAAUGGUACCCCUAUUGUAUAGGAACGAGUUUUGUAACUUUAGUAAAGAUUUAAAGAAAUUCAUACCAAAGGAACCAAUAAUCACUAACGAGGAUAUUGAAGCGUUAAAUAAUCCAGAACUGAAUAAACCAAUAAUUGCUAGACCAUUUGGUAAGAACAAAUUAUUAUUAAGAAAUGAUAGAGGUGGGUUGCCAUAUAAGCCAGUUCCUGAAGUAACCAAAAAUUAUUAUCCAAUAAGGUAUUCUUCUUACAAAAAAUAA